CAACUCUGUUCUCCGAGCACGUCUGGCCAUGUUGCCUCGUCGGUCGUUCGAAGUUCCAUCGAAUUAAUUGAAUAAAGCCAUCGGAAACAAUCGAAAUUUAACGAAAAAAAUUAACCAAACGAAACGACAACAAAAUUUAAACAAAGUGAACAAUCAUAAUCGAUCCGGCAACAAGAGAAUAACAGUAAAUACGAGAGGAUUAAUGUCCUGUUCAGUUUCAACAGUUAAAUCACAAGACCAUAAAUCCAAUAAGCAGUGGCUACCGCCUGGAAUUAUUAUUCCGCGCGGAGAAACAAUUUGACUGAUUUUUGGGAUCCAGUCAACGAAAACUUCCACCAUUCCGCCAAUAACCGAGUGCCAACCCGCAGGGUGGCGUACAUUUGAUAAGGGUUGUAUCUGCGAUAGACUGGUUGGCCAGUCUGUUGUUGUGUCUCUGAGCAACAGCGUCAACUGGAAGUUGGCCCUGAACGCAGAGCCCCCGUGGCUUUGCUAGCACCCCCAACUCUGAAAUCGCAUUAACUCGCCUCCCCACGACACUCAAAAUCCGCACUGACAGCUGCCUCAUUGCUACCUAGCGUCCGCAGAGUAGCAUAAAUCAUCCCUUACAGAAGCAACAAACAAUCAUUAAACUGAUCCCCUCAACUUCGAACGACCAAUUACUAAAAACUAUCAAAAUGAAGGUGAGCAAUUUGGACGAGCGCAUCCAUGUGCUGGACGGUGUGUCCAGCGUGAUGAGCGUGAUAACAGAGAUUGCUGAGAGUGGGCUACAGGAGGAGGCCUUCUACGUCCUGGACAUCGGUGACAUUGUCAAAAAACAUCAGAUUUGGAAAGAGAAAAUGCCCAGAGUCGAACCCUACUACGCUGUUAAAUGCAACGACUCUCUGAUUGUCCUCGAAGUUCUGGCAUCCCUCGGCAUCGGUUUCGAUUGUGCAUCAAAAGUCGAGAUCAACAAAGUCCUAGAAGUGGGCGUUGACGCUUCCAAAAUAAUCUUCGCUAAUCCAGCUAAACCUGCUUCCCAUAUUCGUCAUGCUGCUGCUGUUGGCGUCGACACAAUGACUGUCGACAACGAGAGCGAGCUUCACAAGAUCAAGAAGCUCCAUCCAGCCGCCAAGGUCGUCAUUCGCAUCCGUUGUGAUGCUGAAGUCGCCCAGUGUCAGCUCGGUAUGAAAUUCGGAUGCGAUCCGAUUUACGAAGCUCCAAAUUUGCUGCGUCUGGCCAUGAUGCUUAAUCUUGAUGUCGUUGGAGUGAGCUUCCACGUUGGCUCUGGAUGUCAAGAUCCUCCGGUCUUCCGCAGGGCCAUUGGACACGCCAGGGGCCUCUUCGAGAUGGCUAAGGAGAUCGGCUACAAGCCUUAUCUCCUUGAUCUUGGGGGAGGCUAUCCUGGGGAUAAGGGCACGUGCAUUGGGAAAAUCGCUGAUGUCAUUAAUUCUGCACUCAGCGAGUACUUCCCCAAUGACGAUGUUCAUAUCAUAGCUGAGCCUGGAAGAUUCUACGUGGCCUCUGCAUUCACUCUAGCUACAAGCAUUCACAGCAAACGCUCUGUUCGCGCUGACAAAAUGUCCCCCAAUUCGGUUACUCAUAAUAUGUAUUACAUUAAUGAUGGUGUCUAUGGAUCUUUCAACUGUCUCCUGUAUGACCACCAGCAUGUCACACCCAUUCCACUUAAGGGUGGUUGUGGCAAAAUGAUUCCAUCGAGCAUUUGGGGACCCACGUGCGACGGUUUGGAUCAGGUUGUUGAAAAUAUGCUGAUGCACGAAAUGGAACUUGGUGAUUGGAUAAUCUUUGAAAACAUGGGGGCUUACACUCUACCAGUAGCUUCACCGUUCAAUGGCUUCCCCAUUCCCAAGGUUCACGUAGUUGCUGAAGAAAGUGUAUGGCUACUGUUGAAAGACGCUCUUCCACUAACAGAGGAUCACUUCGUAAUUGGCACCACUCCAGCAAAUCUCUGUCUUGGUCUCGACAUUGGAGGGACUAAAGUUGAUCAAUGGGCCCCACCACCACUGGAUCUCACUUCCUCCGGCAUCAUCAAUGAACCACCCCCCUCCUCUCCUUUUAUCUACGAGUACGUCGAAGUCGGACCUCUUAACUGAGUAAUGUUGAAAUUGAUUUUCAUCAUUCCAAACGGCUACAUAUGAUAUCGAUGCAAAAAUGAUCUGCGUGGAAAUUUAUUUUUUAAUAUCCAAGGAUUUCUUUCGUUCACUCGUAUCGAAGCCAACGAAUUAAUAAAACGUCCAUACAUUUCUUGCGAUUACUAUUAUAGAUUAUCCUGACACAAAUAAUUAAUUGAAUAAUUUUAAUAAUCAGUUGAAUUUAUCAAUCAACCUCAACACCUCAUCUUGGGAAUUAAAAUUCAUCGAGUGAUUUCAGAUUAAUUUCUUAUUACCACUUUUGAUUUUUCGGUUGAUUUAUUAUUAUUCUUUGUUUAUUUGAUCCAUCUUCAAUAGUUGAAUUAAUAUCUGAAGCAUUCCAAUCGUGGCUUCGAAGGGAAAAAUCAUUCUCGCAAACAGCUUUAGAUGUUUUCUAAACUGAAUUUCAAUGGAAGAACAUAAAAAUACAAUCAGCAUACUUGUUCAAUGUAUUGGAUUUACCCAGAUGUUUAUGAAUAUAGCAAAUUAGAUCGUGCUGAUUUCCACCAGAUAACACGUGGACACCCAAUAAUUGCAAUUUUUUCAAGGGCUGAUGUUAUGACACUUUCGAAAAACUUUCUUAUAAAAACUUGACAUAUUCGCCGAAAAUUUUUAUUCCACUUCGUAUGAACUUUCUGUUGGUUUUUGAUUAAUUCUAUUGGUCAAUUUCUAAUUUCACUAGAGACUUUUUUUCCAAUAGAAUUUCAAACAAAAACGUUUCAAUGACAAUAAUUUACGAAAUUCAUGAACUGUAUAGUGAAAUGAAAAUUGGUUGAUUUUUUUCUGUAAAAAAUUUUUAUUCGAUAUUUUCUAUUCCAAAAAGCGUAAUAUCGCCGUGGAAUUCAUCAAUAGAAUCAUUGAAAACUUACACAACUUCUCAUAGAAGUCUGAUCAAAUAUUUUUAUCGAAUUUGCUCAGCUUUUCUGUGAAAUUCUUUCGUCAGUGGAGUUUCUCUAGGAUUCAACCGACGCACAAUGAACAAUGACAAAAUGACUUUUUAAUUUUGAACAUUGAUACUCAAGAUCUUCCUAGUUUUAUCAACAUUAGAAUACAAAUUUUUCAAUUAAAUAACAAUCGAUAGGUUGAUUCAGUAGAUUUUAAAGAAUUAUAAAUGUUUGUAAAAUUAUAAUUCCUAGAUGUCAAGAUGAUCCAGAGAAACAUUAUUUGUGCCGUACAAUCUUUCGUACCUUUGUAUGACGAUAAACGAGAGGAAUAAUUAGGAUUGAACUGUAGGCGCAGUGCAAGCAUACCAACCGUUAAAAAAAACACUAAAUUUUUAAAACAUGAGGAAAAACGUAGACUUGUAGAACGAAUUUCCAUAGAUGGAACGAUGGUAAGAAACAAAAGGAAAAACUCUGCAGGAGUGCUAGGCAACUCUGAGGCAUUGAGGCAGCUGUCACAAGAAAUAAAAACGAAAAUUAGUUCUCUCAUUAAUUAAUUACCCUAAUUGUAUUAUAUGUGAAACUGACUUACAUAAUUAUUGCCCAUUAAUUAUUCAAUUAGCUCGAUCUAUGUGUGUCACAAUGUACACUAGAGCAAUAAAAUUUAAUUUGACAUGUAAAUGACAAA